GGUCACUUUAACCAGAGUUGUCUGGAGGAAAAAUUCUGGAAAUUCCCAUGCUAAAAUAAGGCUUUCAUUGCUCCAAAGAGCAAACUACAAAAAACCUUUAAACAUUGUCAUAGCUUUUGCUGUAUCUUCUUCAUAAAAAACUGGGAAUUAUCUAGGCAGAAAAAUAUUUCAAAAUCAGAAUGAAUGUAACAUUCUUAAUCUGGAGAUCAAAAUAAAAUUCCGACUGAUUCUGUUGAGUCUAGGAUUUCAUUUGCAUCCAACAGCUUGUUUCUUCAGACCAAUAAACUGUUGCAAAAACAUAUACUUAUUUUGAAUGUAUUGAAACACAGGACUUGUGUAAUAAUAUAUCUUCUUAGGCAAAAUUGAUUUUUCACACGAAAAUAUAAGUCCAUCUCUCUAGUGACAAGAUAAUUUUUUGUCCCCAUGGGGUUUUUUUAUUUAUCUCAUGAGUUUCAAGGGAAUACACAUAUGUUUUAAGUCAAACAUGCAAUUAAUUAAGUCCUUGUGUAAACAGAAUUAUUGAGGAACCACUCUCACUUGUAUGUCUUUGGGGUCUUAAAAAAUGGAAACUGUGUUAAUGAAAUGUUACUGUACUUGCUGAUUUUAUCAGUUAUGUUUAAAGCAAAAUAGAAAGCUUCUGUUCUUUGAAUCAGAUACAUAUAGUUGGAAUAAAUUCAUUAUUUCUGUUCAAGUGGAGGUUCAAGUUCUGAACAGGGGUAGACUUCUUAUAUGAGGAAACCAAGAGGAGUAUGUGUUAUAUAUAGGAGGAGUUCACAUGGAAAUUUUUGAGGCAGGUGUAGUAGAAAAUCUUGAAGAAAGGGGUUAGGAAUCAGUAAUUUCGCGAGGAAAUGGUCUCCACAGAAUUAGUUUCUAGUAUAUGCACAGAAAAUUGGCUGAGUUUCUGGGGAGCAUCUGGAGGUAGAACUCUCAGGAGAGCAUAGUGGGGUGCUACCAGUAGUCAUUAUAAACUACCUGAUUUGUUCCAUAGCUCCUUCUCCAAGACAAGAGAGGAAAAGUUAUCUUCUCUAAUGUGUAUUUACAUUUGGGUUUUUUUCUAUAUGGAGUAUGAUUUGCCUGUGGAGAUAGCAGUUCAAACAAACUGCAGUUCAAGCACCAACACUGCACAGCUGCUAAUGAGAAGGCAUAUAACUGUUUCUGCAAUAUAUAAACAGGCUUAUCAGACUUAGUCACUAGCUGACAAGCUUUUUUUCUCAGAGGCUGGGAGGUGAAAGAAAAAAAUGUUUGGGAUGCCUCUUGUAUCCUAAACUAUUCUAACUGGAUUUGCCUAGUAGCCUGCAGGGAAAUUCAUGUCUUCCCUUGUGGAAGCAUAAUAGAAUGGAAAAGUUUCUUUUCCUAGCUUUGCUUGGGAGAGAAAGACAAAAAAUAGCAGGAAAGCUAAAAUAUAGUGACGUAUUCAAAGUUGGUUACAGUUGUAACACAGCAAUUGACUCAGUCAUCACUAAGUUUGGGUUUUCUAUAAGUAAUAAGCCAGUACACAUUUUCUCACAAAUUACCAAGUAAUGUUAUAUAUGCAGGAUAUUCAUAGCACUGAUGACUCCUACUGCCUGGAUGUUAGAGUAGCUGUUGAAAUAUUUAUGAAAAAGGGCUUUAAGCUAAAUAUAUGGGUCUUACAAAUGUUGUAUAUAUUCUGCAUAAACCCUUACAUUUGGGUGUUGUGAAGAGUGUGUUAGCUUUCAGGUUGCUCUGAACAAUCCUUAUUCUAGGACAUUACCACUAGGGCUUACUAUUUUUCUUCUUUGUGUAGCUGCACCAACUGUUUAUUACAGCACACUGUGCUUUCUGCAUUACUGUGCCAGCUUCCACCUUAUUUUAAGUCUCUAUAGCAACAUGUUUCUCAGCAACUGGGAGAUGCUUAGUAAAGGUCCCUCAAUUUAGAAAUAUUGCACUCCAACCUUAGAAAAAUGCUUUGAAACACAGAUCAAAGAAGUUUUAUCUUUAAUAAUUCAGGAUAUUUAUUACUAUUUAAUUAGUGUUCUCUGUUUUGACUGCUUAGACAAUUACUUGAUACUUUGAUCUGGGCCUUUGCCAGGCAUUUGUUGUGAGCAGCAUUAAUUUAAAAGCAAAACCUUUAGAACUGCAUCUUGAAAUCAACUUUUAAGUGCUAUAAAACUACCGGACUCCUCUGGCAGUGUCGUCUGACUUUUGGGCCUCUAGUAAGUAAUGAGAGAAAGGUAAGAGCAACUACUGUAUUUAAGAGGAGACAAUAAUUUUGGCCUUUGAACAAAACAUAGAAUGUGUUCAAUCUUCACAGGAAACGAAAGUAGCUGUAGGUUAUUUUAUGCAUAUUUAAAAUGUUGAUGAUAUGUUGCCUGAUUUCAAAAGAAAAAAAUUCUCUGUGAUCAAGUCAAUUGAUCUGUUGGGAGAUUUCUACCUUACUUCAUGUGGCUUGUCUUUCUCUGUACUGUAACUUAAUCAUGUAGCAUGUUUAAAAGUGCAUUUUAUUUGCUGAAGUACAUAUUCUGAGAACCAGUAAGGCAAGUAAAGUACAUAUAAGUAAUCAAACAUUACUUUUCUUUCACAUUACAAUAGGUUUCAAGAAAAGGGCUGCUCUUGUUCUGCACAUAAGAGUAUUCUUAUUAAUGGGACCAAGAUUUAUAAUUGUAAAAAUUUAUUUUUUGCACAUUCGUACGUAAUUUUAAUUUUCUCAUUUGUUUGUUUUCUGUUUUUUCAUUGUUAAAGGGCACAAGUAGCUGAAAUAUAACACACUGACUGAAAUGGUGUAUGAAUGAGCAAAGUUAGUUCAGAUUUGAUGGCUGACAGAUACUGCUUCUACUUUCAUAUUAAGUUCAUUAUAAGGUAGAUGUGCUAAUACUGAAGUAGACUCUGUUCAUUUCAGAUGUUUCUAACUGCACUCAAGAUCUGGACUGUCCACAGAGUUUUGUAUAUAAAAAUGUAGACUAUACAUACAUUAAUAAUGCCUUUUGUAAUGUUUUGGAGGGAGGAUUCAUAGGUAUGAUGUUGUAUAAUGGUGGGCAGUUUGGUAAAACACAUGAACACAUGCUUAACUUCGAGACCAUAAAUACCCUAAUAGAAGGCUAUAGGGUCUUUCCAUAUGUUGGACUCUGCACUGUACUGAAUAGAGAUCUUGUCAUUUUACAGUAUCAGGUGCUCAUAGAUUAUGCAUGCUGCAUAAUUCAGUAAGGAUCUGUUCUUAUUUGAGUAAGCGAAUUCUAAUGAGUUCUGUAUAUUUUUACAUUCAUUCCAUCCUCUUUCUUUAUUUUAUGUACCCUUGGUGCAGAGAAAAACAGGAGGAAAACAUGAGGCAAGCUGUGUGUUUAAUGCCUAAUGCCAUCUGUUCAUUUCAAAUGGAUCCAGACUUGCAGGAGGCUUUCAAUGAUGUUCAGAGCUCCGUCUACAGAACAGCCUUAAAACUACGCUCAGUACAGAGUCUGUGCCAGUUGGAUUUGAUUGAUGUUUCUCUGAUUCAGCACAUCCUAUCAAGUGAACAGAGCCAGAGGGGAGAGCAGAUUUCUCUGAAUAUGCAGCAAAUCUCUAGAAUGUUGACAGAACUGUUCCGAAGGGCAAGAUUAGAAAAACCAGGCCAGGUAGAUCCGAGAGCCGCUGAAUUCACGUUGAGUCUGCUCAUUGCCAUGUAUGACAGAUCUGGAACAGGGUAUGUCAAAAUUAGAUCUGCUGCAGCUGCCCUAAUUGCCCUUUCAGGAGACACUCUACUGGCUAAAUACAGAGCUUUCUUCCAGUUUUAUGCUGUCCCUGAUGGGAAGGCGGCCUUGAUUACCCGUAGUGCCCUGAGAAGCCUACUAACAGACUUAAAUCAGAUCCCAGCCAUUGUGGGAGAAAGCUGCACUCUGUCUUGCGUGGAAAUUGCGACUCAUGACUGUUUCCAUGGGGUUCUGAAUUCAGCUAUUGUUGAAGAAAAAUUCCUGUCUUGGCUGAGAUCGGAGCCUGCUGUUCUCCUGUGGCUCCCUACGUGUUACAGAUUAUCAGCCACGGAAAUGGUUUUUCACCGAGCUAGAUGUAGAGUCUGCAAAGUUUUCCCCAUUACUGGCCUCAGGUAUCGCUGUUUGAAGUGCCUCAAUUUUGACCUUUGCCAAGCGUGCUUUUUCACUGGCCGUCUCUGCAAACCACAUAAGAGGUCACAUCCUGUUGUGGAACACUGUGUGCAGGUAGAGUCCCAUUUUAGGGAUGUGGCACAAAGAGGCAGCGUGUGCCCAACCAAGCUCACCUACUUGGACUCCAUUACAGGGGCAACUUGUGCUUUCAUCACACUAGUGGUGAAUGUGACCCUCUUUCAAGAGCGCUGCAGAAGAAAGGAGGCUCAGAGAAGAAGGACUCUGGAGACAGUGGAGGAGAGGCACUUCCCUACUCACAAAAAGACUUUUCCUCCUGCAGAACUCAGUGCUUCACCACUCCCUGGUCCUGAAAACCUGUCUUUCCCAGGGGAUAGUUGUGUCCCAGAGUCACCCGAGUUCGUAGCUGAAAACAGGACUGUAAUGCAGAAGAGUGAGAAUAACAGAAAGACCAGAAAGACACUAGAGCAAGGCAAGACAAUAGCUCAGGCAAUAGCCUCUUUUGAAGCAGAUGUGUUAAAAAUGCACGAAUCUAUCAAAAGCAUUCACAGUGACAGCAGGUACAUGAAGAAGCAGUUCAACAAAUGGAAGGACAAAAUACAAUUUCUUCACAACUGCCAGGAAGAAAAAAACUGCAAAAUAGAGGCAAAACUCCAAAGACUGAGAGUAAGCCAUAAAAACCUACAAAUGACACUGCAGCAAAUGGAGCAAGAAGUAAAGACAAUGUUACAGUCAUCAGAAGAUCCUUUUGUGCUGUAUCAGAAUACAAUGCCAAGAAAUCCACAUGUUCUGCUGGAAAGGAAAAUGCAGGGAGGAUUAAAUCCUGCCCAAAUAAGGCCUACUUCCAGAACAUGUGCAGACUGGAAUUCUUUGAGUCCCCCCAACCCUGCAAAUAGAAUGCAGCUUUUACAGACACCUGAGGUUGCCACUGCAGUGGACUUUAUGUUUUCAGACGACCCACUGGAGUCAGUGUCCCUGCAGAGUGACAGACCUUUUAUGGGACAGUAUGAAAAAGCAAAUGAGAAUCAAACAUAUCUGCCUAAAUUGACAGAAAACUCUCUCAGUGGCGUCAUGAGGAAUACAGUUCUUACUCCCCCUGCAGUGCCACUACCACCUGAUGAGGAGGAAGUCAGAGAGGAAAUGGAACUGCAGCAGCUAGUGAUGGAACUGAAGGAUGGAUUGUCUCUCCAAACCCAACCAGCCCAACAGACUACUUUGCAGCAGGAGUUGUUCUCUACAGCUGAGCGUGUCUGCAGGUCCUUUUCUGACCUCAUCAACCAAGUAAUUUCACCAGCUUGUGAAUGAUGGAAACCACCAUUCACUUUACAGCUUCUCUGAACUACUUAAGCUCUCCAAUGACUCUUCGAAGUAAUGUAGGUCUACUCUUAUGCAUGUGGAUACUUAUUAAAUCUUCAAAUGAGUCUCUCUUCUUCAGAAUUGGCGACCUCUGAAUAUGAGAAAAUAUCCCUGAAAAGUGACAUGAAAAUGCAUAUAAAUAAAUUAUUUCCAAACAGCAAAGAGCAGCUGAAUACUCAGUUUCCCACAUCUGUUUCUUCUGCUUUUAGCUGCUGCUGGUCCCCAUUUUAUCAGCAUUGCCCCCAAACCUCUUGCUUUGGUGAUAUCCAUAACCCUCCACUUGCAAGAGUUGCCUUUCAAUGUCAGGUCACUU